GUUCACUUCAGAAACGGCAGGCUGUGGUCUAUCGUUGGUUAGUUAUAAAAAUCUAUGACAUAGUCUUACAAUUGGAAUCAAUUAUUGUAUAUUAGAAUCCAACCAACACGUCUAGCAAUCCAAAGGUUGUGUGUUCAAAUCCCAUCAUGCAGAACUAUCAUACUAAUUUUAAUAAAGAAGAUUUACAUUUACGAUGUUACUUCUACCCCUGAGUCCAGGUUACAGCAGUAGACCUGAAUGAUUGAGAAUGAAAGUGAAAGUGCCAGUGUGGCAGCAACACAUUUGGAUGAAAGGUUUGCGGCGUUAUCACAUACCACUUCAAAAGUUCGGAGAUGCAUAUUAUUUUCCUGUGGCUCAGUUCAUCAUCAGAGAGACUUUAUAGACACUCCUUUAUUUAAACAUUGGAAUAGCAGGCUCCAGUGUCAUGCGGCUGUGUCUCCUUUCCCUCCUUUUUAUCAUCAAAGUGUGUCGACUCAAUAUUGUAAGGCGAGACGUGUGCCCACCCCUGCCUCAGUGUGAGCUCACCAAGCCCUUGAAAAAGUUGGAUAGUUAUCAAGAAAACUACUCUGUACACUACCAGUGUGUGGAUGGCUAUGUGAGGAUGGCGGGGACCUCCAGUCGCAUCAGGUGCAAACGAAUUAAUCAGGUUCUUCAGUGGGAAGGCCCAACACUGAUAUGCAUACCCGACCCAUCUAUUCCAACUACAAUAGUACCUUCAAUAACCCACAAGAGGACUCCAUCUCCCAUAGUGCACCGCUCAGUGCCCACAGAGAGAAUUAGCCCAAGACCAACCACUCCCAGUUCACUUUUAUCUCCAAUACUGCAGAACCAAGAGGUCAUUACUACUGUUACAGUGACAACCACCAUCAUCGAUGACCUUACAUUAGUGCCCAGUGCGGUGACCUCUGUCUUCACGAAGACUGUUUCUCCAUCAGAGAGUUACUGUGUCUCCAACAGAACCCCAGCCUCCAGUGAGGAUCCAGUUGGCGAUGGAAGCACUGCUACAGCCAUAUAUGCGGGUGUAGGUGGGGUGGUAGUAACCAUCUUGCUGGUUGCAGCGUUUGGAGUACUAAUGUUUUGGAGAAGGAAACGGAUGCAGCGGCUUGAUCUGUCGCCAACACCAGACGAAAUAGUGCAAAUUAAUGUUGUGACAUGAGCCACACUCCUUAGUGCCCUGACGGACAACCAGCAGCCACUUAGAAAAGACAAAGGUACAUCAGUCUGAUGGUGGGGGGACAAUGACCUUGGAUUGGACAAGAGGUGGACCAAAAAUGUAUGGCCCCGACCUCGUGUGGAAAAUGAAAAUACCUAAAGCAUCACCCAAAUGGAUUAAUUUAAGACAUAUUGAUUAAUUUCAUUUAUUAAUUAAUAUCCUUAAACUAUUUUGAGGAUAGAUUCUAAAUUAAUAUGGAAGCAUAUUGGUUAUAUUAAAAAACAAUUAACUACAGUGCAUUCGGAAAGUAUGCAGACCCCUUGACUUUUUCCACAUUUAGUUACAGCCUUAUUCAAAAAAUCAAAACAUAAUGACAAAGCAAAAACAG